CGAUUCUAUUAAUGAAGUUAUAUGAAAUCCAAUUUUCUCUUUCAAGCAUAAUAAUAUGCUAGUUGAUAAUCUUGUUUGUCUUCCACAUUAGUGAUGCGGCUUAGCUAGAUGAUUGAUUUGGGUACUGAACAAUGACGAUGAUUUGUGAUGAUGAUGAUGAUCCUCUUUUCCCCUUGAAAAAAAUGCCUACGACAUCAUCCUCCCCCCAAUUUUUAGAUAUAAAAUUCACCGAGAUUCAUCCAUCUUUUUUUAAUAUUUCUUUUCUUUUUUCCUUUUUUCUUUUUUUUUUUCCAUUAUUACUGUAUAUCAUGUUAAAACUCUUCAAUAUCAUUGCUAUUCUACUUGUAUUGGUGAAUCUACUUUUAGCUAUCACCGCUUUACCUGUUGUAUUUUUUGAUACGGAUGUCGCUGCUAGUCCAUUCGUACAUGAUAAACGUCUUAAUUACCGAGGAGGUCGUCUUGUUCACUUUGGCAACAAUUCUCCACCACCAUCAUCAUCAUCAUCAUCAUAAAAAAAAAGGAUAACUGUCAAUCAAUCAUCAAUUCUUUCUCUCUCUUUUUUUUUUUUUUUUUUUUGUAAUAUCUUUCAUUUUUUUUCCCUCUAUUGUAAAUGCUUUUUAUAUACAUCUUAACUUUCUAUUUUUGUAAAUGAAACUUUUCAAUAAAAUAAAAACUCCCAAUUCAAAAGCUGAUCUUGA